AUGUUGAUUAUUGAUCGAAUAGUGUUUGCAACAUUCUUUUUUGCUUUAUUUAUUGCAAUUUAUUCAAUCACAAUUUUGUAUGGAGCAGUACCAUGGAUGGAGCUCAAUACUUGGAAAAAUUAUCCAUAUAAAGAGUACUCACUUCCACAAAUGAUAAUAAAGUCUAAGCCUACUUCUUUCUCAAAUGAAAUAGUACUUUUUUCUCCUUUUUUAAAUGGUACAUUUAACAAAAUUAGUCAUACGAAAUACGACUAUCCUAUCUAUGAAUAUAAUCAAAUGGAAAAAGGCUGUAAACACCUUAUUAAUUAUGACAUUACUAUUCCACCAGGAGGUUGGAUAAUUUAUUCAUCAUGCCAAAAAUCUUAUGAAAACCCAAAAGGUUACAAUUCAAUUCGAGCAAUUGGCUACCCUGCAUAUGGAAAAGCUCUGAAUGUUUCAAUUCCGGUUGAUGUAAAAGACUGGUAUCAUGCAUUUCAUAACCACAUUAAAGUUCCAAUUAAGGUUACCUAA